AUGGUUAUCGCUGCAUCUACAUUUAUCGAAGGUCCUGCUCCAACUGUUGGGCUGUUGUCGUUCCUCAUCGCUAUGCUCCAAUCUAAAUCCACUGGCUCUGUUCGACUGAAAUCAGCUGAUCCUCAUGCUCGACCUCAAGUCGACCUCGGCUUUCUUCAGCAUCCAGAGGAUAUGGAAACUCUCCGCAAGGCCAUCUUCCUCUCGACACGUAUCGCAGCUCAGGUCGCAAAAACUGGUUAUUUGAUGAAGGCUUACGACGUGCCUGCCUCCGACUCCCCCGGUGAUGUGGAUUCCUUCAUCCGUUCCAAAGUGGCCACCGUUUAUCACUAUGCGUCGACCUGCAAGAUGGGGAAACGAGAGCUUGGAGGCGUCGUUGAUGACCAGCUGCGAGUCUACGGCGUCAAGGGACUGAGGGUCUGCGAUGCAUCCGUCUUUCCAUGUGUGACUACUGCCCACACAAUGGCUCCGGUCAUGGCAAUGGCUGAGCGAUGUGCAGAUUUGAUCAAACAAACUCAGAAAUACUAG